AUGGCCAAGGAGCUGCCCAAGAACGAGGAGCUGGCCGCCGAGCUCUACGACUCAGGCGUCAUCCACGAGCAGAUGAUGGCCAAGAAGAUGGCCCACUGGACCGCCGAGUUUGAGGCCGGUCUGCUGCAGUCUUCCAAGUGGCCCCGCCUCAACUACACCAAGUGUGUCAACGGCUACGCCGAGGCCAUCAAGGGUGACCCUCUGCACAAGUUCAAGUGCAAGAACAUCGACCUGUACGACUUCAUCAACCACAGCGAGCUUGGAUCGCCCAACUCGGACGCUUCCUUCCGCACCGGCUCCUCCGCCUGGGGUUGGACCGACCCCGAGUCCGGCCGUGAAUUCGUUACGAGCGGCAUGUACGAUGGCGCCGCCUUCCUCGAGGUUCUCCCCGAGGGUCGUCUCCUUCACCUCGGCUUCCUGCCGUCAUAUGCCCCUACCGGCCCCCGCUCUCUGUGGAAGGAGAUUCGCUCGUACAAGAACUACAUGCUCAUCGGAUCCGAGCUUGAGGGUCACGGCAUCCAGAUCUUCGACAUGCGGAAGGCCGCCGACGCCCCCGUGCGCUUCUCCAACGACAAAGAUCUCACAGGUCACUUCGCCGACCUCCCCGUGGGCCGCAGCCACAACGUCGUGAUCAACGAAGAGGCGAACUACGGUGUCGCUGUGGGUGCCGCGCCCCGCAACGGCACCUGCAAGGCCGGUCUCAUCUUCUUCGACCUGACCGACCCAUCCAAGCCCACGAGGCUUGGUUGCAACGGCGAGGACGGCUACGUCCACGACGCCCACUGCCUCAUCUACCGUGGUCCCCACAAGAAGUACGAGGGCCGCGACAUCUGCUACGGCUACAAUGAGGACACGCUCACCAUCUACGACGUCACCGACAAGGCAAACUCCAAGAUCAUCUCCAUCACCUCGUACGAGGGCGCGACCUACACCCACCAGGGUUGGGUUCUGGAUGUGAACAACCAGGAGUACCUGUUCCUUGACGACGAGAUUGACGAGGAAGAGAGUGCUGGCCCCGCUGCUGACGGCUACCCUGUCACUUACAUCUUCGACAUCCGCGAUCUCGAACACCCCAAGCAGACCGGCCUGUACAAGGCUGCGGUCCGCGGCAUCGACCACAACCAGUACAUCCGCGACGGCCUGAAUUUCCAGUCCAACUAUGGCGCUGGUGUCCGCGUCUACGAUGUCAGCUCCGUGCCCGAGGACCCCACUGGUGACUCGGUCUGCGAGGUUGCUUUCCUCGACAUCUACCCUGAGGAUGACAACGAGCCCGGCGGUGGUAUCGUUCAAUACUCGGGUACCUGGGCCUCUUACGCGCAAUUCGACUCGGGCUAUAUCUUCAUCAACACGAUCGAGCGCGGCGCCUUCCUCGCCAAGCUGACCAAGCGCGAGAGGUGCAAGCCCAAGAGCUGCAACGCCGACAACUGUCUCCGUGCCCUCCGCUCUAGCUCGGUCAAGGGCCGUCUCGAAGAGAGCCAGGAGUUCUGCGCCGGCUUCCUCGAUGGCUGGAACGCCCAGGUCACCGCUGUCCCCGACUACGCCCAGAAGGCGUGUCCUACCAAUGUCAUCUCGCGUGUCAGCUCGGCGUGCUCGUGCCUGCCUACCGCGGCCCCCACAACGGCUUAG